CGUGCGCCGCUCAGCGAGUGCGGAAGUGUCUGUAAACUUCACAGUGCGGGUGAAAGGGUUCCGCCUUACAUUCAUCCUGUACCCGACACGUCUAGCAUUUUUCUGUUUUUUAGUAAGGCAUCUUCGGCCGUGAAGCAGGAGGAAUGGCUGGGAGAUUACCGGCGUGUGUUGUGGACUGCGGUACAGGAUAUACUAAACUGGGAUAUGCAGGAAACACAGAACCUCAAUUCAUCGUACCAUCAUGCAUCGCCAUCAAAGAGUCGGCGAAGGUGGGAGACCAGGCCCAGAGAAGGAUGAUGAAAGGCGUGGAUGACCUCGACUUCUUCAUCGGAGAUGAGGCUAUCGACAAGCCCACCUAUGCGACCAAGUGGCCCAUCAGGCACGGUAUCGUAGAGGACUGGGACCUAAUGGAGAGGUUCAUGGAGCAGGUCAUCUUUAAGUAUCUGAGGGCAGAGCCUGAGGACCACUACUUCCUGCUGACUGAACCUCCUCUGAACACACCUGAGAACCGAGAAUACACCGCAGAGAUCAUGUUUGAGUCCUUCAAUGUGCCUGGACUUUAUAUCGCCGUGCAGGCAGUCUUGGCUCUAGCAGCAUCCUGGACCUCUCGGCAGGUGGGAGAGAGGACUUUGACCGGUACAGUCAUUGACAGUGGAGAUGGUGUCACUCACGUCAUCCCUGUGGCAGAAGGCUAUGUCAUAGGCAGCUGCAUAAAGCACAUCCCCAUUGCAGGCCGUGACAUUACCUACUUCACACAGCAACUGUUGAGAGAGAGAGAGGUGGGAAUUCCACCCGAGCAGUCCCUCGAGACUGCUAAAGCCGUCAAGGAGCGUUUCAGUUACGUGUGUCCUGACCUGGUGAAGGAGUUUAAUAAGUACGACACAGACGGCUCGAAAUGGAUAAAGCAGUACACCGGCAUUAAUGCCAUCAGCAAGAAAGAGUUUACCAUUGAUGUGGGAUAUGAGCGCUUCCUUGGCCCAGAGAUCUUCUUCCACCCUGAGUUUGCCAAUCCGGACUUCACUCAGCCAAUCUCAGAAGUGGUUGAUGAGGUUAUCCAGAACUGUCCCAUUGAUGUGCGUCGUCCCCUCUAUAAGAACAUCGUUCUGUCAGGAGGCUCGACCAUGUUCCGUGAUUUCGGCCGGCGCCUGCAGAGGGACCUGAAGAGAACUGUGGAUGCUCGUCUCAAACUGAGCGAAGAACUCAGCGGUGGCAAAUUGAAGCCCAAACCUAUUGAUGUGCAGGUCAUCACUCACCACAUGCAGCGCUAUGCCGUGUGGUUUGGUGGAUCCAUGCUAGCCUCAACACCUGAAUUCUACCAGGUGUGUCACACCAAGAAGGAUUAUGAGGAAAUCGGCCCCAGCAUCUGUCGCCACAACCCUGUCUUUGGUGUCAUGUCCUAAAGAGUCCACAGACGUACACACAUGCGCAUACACACAUACACAAAGGGAUUGGGGUUGGGGUGGUUAGGGCUGGGGAGAGCAAAGAGCAGGCCACUGGAGAGAGAGAGCUCAUUUCGGUUAACACCAAACCUGUCUGCUGGAUCCAGAUGAUGAAUGUUGUGUUUUUGUUCGUUUGUUUGUUCAUGUUGUUCCCAGUACAAGGGGAAAAUGCGGUUAUUAGGCCAAAAUGACUCCAGCUCUUCUCUGCCUCUGCUCAGUAAUCUGUGGGUGUCUAAUAAAUAAAUAAAUAAAUAAAUAAAUCCCCCAUUGAGUAAAAAUGUGCGUAAACAGUAAUAUUGACAUUCAUUAUGGUAGUGCUGCAGAAGACUUCUGGUGUUAUUCAUGUUUAAAGCAAGACGCGACGCAAGCGAUUUAUUCCUAAAUAAGUUGGCCCUGCCAGUCUUCUCCCUCCUGUUCGCAAGUUGCGUCACAUUUAAGGUGCUUCAUGUCCUUUUAACGGGCACAGCAGGGGGAAACUCGGACCAGGUUUAAAAAAAACAAACAAAACAAAA